CCGAUCUUCGUUUUGCCGGCACGUCGCGUUGCAGCUGUUUGGAGUCGAUUUAAAUAGCCAUAUAAGCCAUAUACGCGACGACCGCGAAAAUAUCUUGGCUGAAAACGAACCGUUUUACCUCGUUUUUGUGAGUGUCGGUGUGUGUAUGGUGGAGCUGCUGCAGUGAUGGUGGAGACAGCUACAACCACGACUAUAACGCGUACCACCACCCAGGUGCCGGCGGGUUCUGGAACAGUGACUCCAACUCCGGCUACCUCUACGGCCACGCCCACCGCCGCCCAGGUUGCAGCGCAGGCGCAGCGGAAUGACGAAACCACUCGAGCCAUCUUUAACUUAAAAAUCAUCGUAUUUGUCUUGCUGCUGCCCCUGAUUCUGUUUGCUGUCCUGCUCAAGCAUCUUUUGGAUUACCUGUUUGCUUUGGGCUUGAAGGAAAAGGAUGUCAGUGGCAAGGUGGCACUGGUGACCGGCGGGGGCAGUGGCCUGGGUCGCGAGAUCUGCCUGGAGCUGGCGCGGCGGGGCUGUAAACUGGCAGUGGUGGAUGUCAACUCCAAGGGCUGCUAUGAAACAGUGGAGCUACUCUCCAAGAUUCCCCGUUGUGUGGCCAAGGCCUACAAGAACGAUGUCUCAUCGCCUCGGGAACUGCAACUAAUGGCUGCCAAGGUAGAGAAGGAACUGGGUCCAGUUGAUAUCCUUGUCAAUAAUGCCUCCCUCAUGCCCAUGACUUCCACGCCGUCUCUAAAAAGCGAUGAAAUAGAUACUAUUCUUCAACUUAAUCUUGGCUCUUAUAUUAUGACCACCAAGGAGUUCCUUCCCAAGAUGAUUACCCGGAAAUCAGGUCACCUGGUGGCGGUAAAUGCUUUGGCAGGUCUAGUGCCCCUGCCAGGAGCUGGCAUCUACACGGCCACCAAAUAUGGAAUCGAGGGCUUCAUGGAGUCGCUGCGGGCGGAACUGCGUCUCUCGGACUGCGACUAUGUCCGCACCACUGUGGCCAAUGCCUACCUUAUGCGGACUAGUGGCGAUCUGCCUCUCCUAAGCGAUGCGGGCGUGGCGAAAAGCUAUCCCGGCCUGUCGACGCCGUAUGUGGCGGAGAAAAUAGUCAAGGGCGUGCUGCUGAACGAGCGCAUGGUGUACGUGCCAAAAAUAUUUGCACUCAGUGUAUGGCUGCUCAGAUUGCUGCCAACCAAGUGGCAGGACUAUAUGCUACUGCGCUUCUACCACUUCGACGUGCGCAGCUCCCACCUGUUCUACUGGAAGUGAGGUGGGAUAGGACCAGAGCCCUCAUUCAGCAGAAACCCCAUCCAGCCCAUCCCAGGAGCAUUUAAGCGGAAAGCGCUUGUUUGUUUUCCCCUUGCAGUUCUUAACUUAACUGUUGCUUACACUGAGUGUACAUGUUUAGCUAUUUAUAUGAAUCUUUAACAUAAAGUAAAUUUAUUUUCCUAACAAGUAAAGAAAAUUACAGUUUCAGCUUUUGGAAAAUUUAAUUUAGAGGUCAGUUUCGAGUGAAGACAAAUACUAAUAUUGAAAUGUUUUUGUGGAAAUAUAAUAUUUAAUUUUUAUUCGA